AUGACAUCUCAAUGGAGGAGUAGCAGCGAUGCAAAGGCAGAACUGAAUGGCAAUAGCAUUCAUAUCAGAAAACGAGAGGUGAAUCCAUAUAGCGGCGCUUAUGGGGUUCAACGCAAGUCUGACACAAAGUUUGUGGAUUUCACUGGGUUUGCCCGUGGUUCGUCACAGCAGAGCUUUCCGCCUCAGACGAGGUUCAACAAAGACGGUUCAGUGCCGUUUCUUGCUGACGACGGAUAUGUUGAUUCGUCAACUCCUAAAAGCUCUGCAGAGAAGAAAACUGAAAACUUCCAGCAGGAUAGUCCUUCAGCUUAUAUCAACAAAGGACUAUUACAAUUUCAGAGGUUCUUGGCGAGACGGACGGUGAGCAAUAACAGAUCCAGUUAUGUACCUCCACGUCGUAUACCGUCAGGAUCGUCCCCGUUAUUUCAGAAUGUCGACGAUACAUACAUUCUGCCUGAUGAGCAAUAUUUCGAAGAUGAUAGCUCUGUUUAUACACUUGACAAACGGGUCAUUGAUGCAUCCUUAACCAUAGGGAACCAGACUCUGAAAAUUCUAUGGUUGAUACUGAGGUUUUUGGUGGUUGUCCUGUUUGCUCUGAAGGACUCUGUCCUAGGCAGAAGUACUGAAGACAAAGAGGAGGAGCCUGAAUUGGGAGCUGGUAGUUCGUCGGGUGCACAGGUACCAGGAUCUUUUCCGAGGAAAGUUUCACUCUUGAGCCGGCUCGUCUCAGCAGCAAGCUCCUCUCCAGUGGUGGCUAAGAAUACUGAGCUAUACGAUAUAGUGGAACAGCAACCCAGAGUUGAUCAGACUCUUGAUAGGUCCAAUAUUUUUGACCGCCAUUCCUUCUCUCGUCCUUCCGAUGGAUAUCUGUACGAUGAUGCCAAUGACAGUAUGGUGGUAUCCUCGUUUGUUUGGGAUCAGAAGACCGAACCCAAGGCUCCCGUAAGAAAAUCAGAGUAUGGAAGUAGAUUCUUCCCUUCCAAGUUUGUCUCCCAAGGAGAACCGGAUAUCGAAGCGGACUACUUCAAGAAGGUGUUCAAUAAGGAUGGCUUGUUUGAGGUAGAUCUGAGAGGAGUCGCCGAUUUCAAAGAAAAAAAUUACAAACAAGGUUCUGAAACCUCUAUCAACAAGUUCUCAGAGUUUUCAAAGAGACUGAGAAGUAUGUUGCCAGAUUCCCCUCUCAAAAAAGAGGAGCCUACUACGUAUCAUGGUGACGAUUGGAUGAUCACCGGGGUGUCUCGGAAGGAACCAGAUGUGAUCAACUUUGAGGAGGAGUUUAAGGCCUAUCAGGCUGUAAUGGAGCAGAAGAAGAAGAGACAAGAGCUUGUGAAUCUUGCCAGGUUGAAGGAGUCUUCAGUGGUGAAACCCCUUCCAGCAGAUCGCUUGCAAAUGGUGAAUCGUUUUUGGACAAGCCGGGACGAGAAUACUGUUGUUUCUAAGAACUUCGGUGUUACGGUAAAAGUGGUGGACUUCUUAAGAUUGAGGAAUGGUAGGUGGUUAAACGACACUAUUAUGGAUUUCUAUUUUGCCAUGAUGGUGGACAGAUCACGUUCCAGCCAAGAAACACGUCCCCUGCCAAAGAUGUUUGCCUUUACCACUCAUUUUUACACCACUCUGGCUAGCCGUGGAUAUACAUCUGUUGCUCGUUGGGCCAAGAAGAAGAAGGUCGAUGUCACUGAUCUAGACUACGUCUUUGUCCCUGUCAAUGUGGGCACUUCGCACUGGACUUUGGCAGUGAUAAACAACAAGAAACAGUGUUAUGAGUACUACGACUCACUGGGAGCUUCCAAUCCAAGUGUUUUCAAUAACUUGGCUGGUUAUAUGGUUGACGAAUCCACCAGAAUUCAUGGGUCUGCAAGCGCAGACUACCACAGUUGGAAAGGGUUCAACAUGAAGACUCCACAGCAGCAAAAUGGGUUUGAUUGUGGUGUGUUCACCUGUACUGUUGGCGAGUAUCUGUCUAGAGGGAAACCAUUGACGUUUUCUCAGUCGGACAUGAAAGUUUUGAGGGAGAGGAUGGGUUACGAAAUCAUAAGCAGCGAGUUCAUAAACUGA